AUGCGGGCCAUCAUGGAGGAUCUCCUGUCGGGGUGGUCCGUCGACGAGGAACGGCUCGACUUGCUCGCCAUCCCCAGAGGCCGCACACCGCUGGGUAAGGGGAUGCGGUUUGACUCGGGGGAUUCCGCCUCGCUGGGACAGACACGACUGUACGGCUGGUGCCCCUCGCUUGCAUCUUCAAGUGGGAGUCGCCACGAGACGGGAGGUGGCGUGUGUCUCCACUCUUGUUCCCCACAGCGACGGUGUGAGUCGAGUCGCCUCGCAUUGCUGAAGUACUCACCGUACUUUUCUCCACCAAAGCCACAAUCGCGGUGCACAGCGUCCGCGAGGACACGCUCAACCACUGGGAAUCGCGCUGUGCUACAUACACCGCGUAUUGGUGCCGAGAAGUCGUUGCAAAAAGUGUCAAAACUAACGCGAGCACAGACAGCGGUGUGCCGUCCUCCAAUCGUCACCCCACCGGUGUGUAGCGCUUUAAGCGGCUCAGCAGCUGAGCUUCAUCUAUGUAAACCUCCCACCCCUCCAUCACGCAGCGCAGGCAGCGAUUUUUUUCAAAGUCUCGCACGUGCGUCCUUUCCGUGUAGUAAGAAGAAACUGGUGCUACCGGAGAUGGCGGGUGCGGUGGAUGGCACCCCUGCCGGUCCGACGCGGUGCCGUGGGAACCUCAGUGUUCGCGACAGCGGUGAUACCACCCGCUCUACUGGAAGUGAGGAGGGGCAGAGUAGUAGCCGAUCCUCUUGCCGUGAGUGUAGCAGUGGAGAAAUUGCUGAUGAGGAUUCAAGUUUGAAGCUAUCCAUCCUGGAGUGGGAGAAUGCCUGUGCAAUGGAAGUAAACAUCACGCAAAAACGCGCCUUAAUGGCAAGCGAACUUCGGUGUUUGCAAGAUCAGAUUGAUGAGACGAGUAAUACCAUUGAGUCUCUGAAGACACGACACUACGCACUGCGAGAAAAGCUGCGAUCCUUUAGAGCGCUUCGGUCAGCCGUCACCAAGGAGGAAAGGAAAAGCAAGGAGUUGCAACUGUUGGCAAAACAGGCUAAGGAGCGCAUGGUGCGUGCCCGCCUCCCGCAGGAUCUCUCCCGAUUGACUACUGAUGGUAUCGGUGCAGAUGGGCCAAUAACGAUGGCGCGCCUCCUUGAGCAGCGAAGCGCUCUUCAGAAGGAACGAAGCGCCUUAAAAGAGGCAAUUCGUGUGGCUACUGCAGAGCAAGGAGAGAGAGCAGCUGCCCUGAAUGGGAGUCGCCGCAGCAUCUCACCAUCACCGCAACGUUCCUCCCAGUGUAAAGAGCUUAGGAAAUCCAUCACAGCAAUGGCUACGAAGGUGCAGAGGCAGACACAGAAAACAAUGCAGUCGGAGCUGCGCGCAGACGCCCUCAUGGAACGUGUCGAAACACUUCGGGGAACUGUGGUUCAGCAAGAAGUGCGAUGCCAAAGUGAUUCACCUAACCAACCUCAGCACACAAAAGGCCCCGGUCUUCCAGAGAACGGGAGUUCUGUCGGCGAGCCCCUAGAGAGUUGCUUUAUCACAGGCCUCGUGCUGUGA